AUGGAUAGUAUAAAAACCAGAGCCAAUGAAUGUGUAGACAACUCUACAGACUCCAUUAAAGCUGUGAAAGAUGCAAUCGCUAUGGUAACAACAGCACAUAGUACAAUACUAGAACACACAGAUAUGUUCACUGAAUCCACCCUGUUGUACCCUCCCACAGUGAUGGCGGGGGAAAAGACAUCAAUAGAAAGUUUGAAAUCAGCAGACACUGGAUUUAAAUUUAAAGCCUCUAUAUCUGUUGAAUGUAGUCCAGAAACUUCUAGAAGACUAAAGGAUAUUGAAACAGCUUUAUCAUCCCUUCAAGACACAAAACAAAAGACUGAAGAUGACAUAUCAGAAAUAAAAAAAUGGAGGGACAACUUUGUUACAGAACAAAAAGACAUUAGGAUAAAAAUUGAAAAGUUGUGCAAGAAACAUAAACAGCACUUUAAAAGCAUUAGGACACAAAUACACGAACAAGAAAAAAAAUUAAAAAAUCUGUCUGAAGAAAUGGAAAGUUUAAGAGAAAAAGAAUCAAUUUUUGUCAAAAUAAUAGAACGAAUGUCAAUAGAUAUGAAAGAUUACAAAAGGAACUUAGAUAAAAUAAAUAAAGAGAUGCCAGGUCGAACAGAUAAAACAAGACAUUUAUCACAAGAAAUUAAGAGCCAUUCAGAUUUGAUAGCUACAAUACAAGAAGAUGGAAAGAAAAAUAGAAGGUAUACAACAAAAACAUGUGAAAAACUACUGUCUAAGACUGAAACUCAAGAAAAAGAUGUUCUUAAGUUGUCGCAGAAUUCUCCAGCAAUUGCCAAUCAACAAGUGAAACAUUCUACACUGGGGUUUGUUGCUUCACAAGGUCGCUGGAAUGGGGAAUGGUAUAUGGGACACCCAGUUAUUACAUUCAAAACUGUGAAACGGAACGUAGGAAACCAUUUUGAUCCAAAGACUGGAGAGUUUACCGCCCCUGUUGAUGGCCUGUAUAAAGCAAGUCCUACAAUAAAACAAACAGCAGAUGAUGAAGUUAAAGUGUGUGUUGGGCACAGAUCUGGUGGCGUGACGUCAUGGCUCGAUUGUGUUGUGACAGAAGAUAAAUCUGUGGACGCUUCUAGAACAUUGGAAGUUCAGAUGAAAACGGGAGAUGUUUUAUAUUCAGUCACUGGCCAUAAUGACUGUGAAUGUACACAUUUUUCUUGUGCUCUUCUUGACGUCUAGUUUUCAUACAACAUAACAUGUGCAGAGGCGUAGCGAGGGCGGGGCGGGAGGUGCGGACCACACCGGGUGACACCUGACCAUGUGACGCCACUUAACAUAUGUACAAACAAUUAUUACACAGUUUCUUGUAGAUAGUAGUCAAAAAGUGUUACAAAUUUAAUCCUUGAAGAAAAUUCAGAGGUUUAAAUAUACAAAUAUUUACAAUACAUUGUCAGAAAGAAUGAAAACGAAAGGAAGCUAGUGACCUAUUUUCUCUGCUCGCAACACCAAAGAUGUUACGUAUAGUAACAUCAAUGUUACAUUAACAAAAAAAAAACAAAAACAAAACAACAAACCAACAAACAAACUUCAACAUAAAUAGUCAGUAAUAUAAAUAAUGUGUUUGUUUUUAUUCAUUAUUUUACUCUUUUA